AUGAAUUCAUCCCUUCCCCCGAGAUAUGAGAUCCGCGUUCUCGGGUCAGAGCAUACAGAAUGGGUUGGGGCUAUUUGCGCCCAUACAAAUAUGUUCUCCUCUCCACUGUGGCCAGUCCUGUAUCCUGAAAACAGAACUGAGCGAGCAUAUCAAAUGUUUCGUACGGGACAUUACAUGAUGCAACACCAAAUUGACUCUGGAUUCUCCCUUGGCAUUUUUGACAAGGAGUACCAAUUCAAGCGACCAGAGUCUGCGGCUACCGAAGGCAAGCUGUACUGGAACCUGGACGACGCGAGUGCUACCGAACACGACCUGGAGAGUCAAAUGGAUUUUCCAUUGGUUUCAGUUGCUAUGGCAUACGAUGGAAUCGAUGAGCUGGAUAUGGAAAAGAUGAAGCCGAUCAUCGGGACAUUACCCCUGUUCGCCACAGCCUACAAGGCUUUAAACGAACUUGAUACGCGCGAUUCUGCCUCAUGGAAACCCACUGGUCGCGGUCAGGUACUGAUGCGUAACGCCACUAGUACACGUGGUCCUUACGAGGGCCAGGGACUGAUGAGACAGUUGGCUGAGGAGCUGAUGAGACGCUCGGCAUCGCUGGGUUUUCGGGGUAUUCAGAUUGAAACUGGCUCUGAAGCUGUCCUCAAGGUUUGGUCGACUCCCCCGGUACAGUUUAAAGCAAAUGUUAUUGGGAAGGUACACACAACCACGUAUGAGGAAAAGAACGAGUCUGGAGAGACCGUAUAUCCGUUUCGGCCAGCAAAUCUCAAUCUCGGCAAAGUUUAUGUGGAUCUCAAGACUGCGGGAUCUCAGCCAGCUUGA